AUGCUGUUGCAUAGUAACCAGUUUAGCCGAGGCGAAUCCGCUGAGACAACGAAGCCAACAGAAGCGGUACAGCACAACUACCACCACACGAAGUCGUUUUCUCUCUUCCGUUAUCUGCCAAUCACGAUUUACGGAGACGGAAAACAAGUAGAAAUCUACGCGUUCCUGGACGACGGAUCAUCGUCGACGUUACUGGAAGAGGCAGUUGCAGUUCAGUUGGGGAUUGACGGAGAGCCGGACAACCUUUGGUUAGGAUGGACAGGGAAGAUCGGCAGACACGAGAAGAGCUCCAAAAGGGUCAACGUGGAGAUUUCUGGAGCUGGGAAACAAAAUACCUUCCAGUUGAGCAACGUACGGACGGUACGUGAGCUAGGACUUCCCAGUCAAACGUUGAACUAUUCCGAUCUGUCAGGAUCCUAUCCACAUCUACAAGGUCUUCCCGUCAGCAGUUAUGUGAAUGCGAAACCCAGAAUGAUCAUCGGCAUCGAGCACGUUCAUCUCCUUACCAGUCUGAAGCUUCGCGAAGGCGGGAGAAGUGAUCCAGUCGCAACGAAAACUCGUCUCGGCUGGUGCGUCUACGGAAGAAAUUCUGGAAGUGAAGGAUCCGUGGAACAGCUGAAUCUGCACGUCGGUCAGGAGAUGAGUAACAGUGAUCUGUACGACUCGAUGAAGAAGUUUUUCGCCGUCGAAGAAGCUGUGGUCACGAAGCACCUAGAGUCCGACGAAGAUCAACGAGCGCGCAGCAUUUUGGAGACAACUACAGUUCGCCGAGGUUCAAGAAUCGAGUCUGGUUUACUGUGGCGAAAGGACAAUAUCCACUUUCCAGAGAGCUACAAGAUGGCGAUGAACAGACUCGUUGGAUUGGAGAAGCGUCUGUCCAGAGAUUCAGAACUUCGACAAAGAGUGAACGAGCAGAUCAAAAGCUUCGAGCAAAAGCAGUACAUCAGUAAAGCAUCACAGGAAGAAGUUAGCAGUCUGGAUCCUCGACGAGUCUGGUAUUUGCCGCUGGGAGUGGUGAUCAAUCCCAAGAAGCCAGGCAAAAUUCGAAUGGUUUGGGAUGCGGCCGCGAAAGCUUAUGGAGUCUGCUUCAACGAUAUGCUGCUGAAGGGUCCGGAUCUUCUCGUACCGCUAGUAGACGUUUUGCUGCGAUUCAGGCAAGGGAAAGUCGCCGUGUGCUCUGACAUUCGGGAAAUGUUCCUCCGAAUCCUCAUCCGUGAUGAAGACAGAUGGUCGCAGUGCUUUCUUUGGAGAGGUAGUCCGGAGGAAGAAGUCCAAGUCUACGUGAUCAACGUGGCGAUGUUCGGUGCAACCAGCUCACCUUGUACGGCGCAGUUUGUGAAGAACUGGAAUGCUUCUGGCUACAGCGAACAGUACCCCAGGGCAGUGGAAGCAGUGACCAAGAACCACUACGUGGAUGACUUCCUCGACAGCGUCAACUCGGUGGAAGAAGCAGUACAGUUGGUACAGCAAGUGCAAGAUAUCCAUGCAGCAGCCGGUUUCCAGUUUGGGAAGAUACUGUCCAACGAGCAGGAAGUGCUAGCCCGACUAGGAGAGACGAAUACAGCGAUCAGUAAACCACUGCCAGUAGACAAAGACCGAACAUACGAACGUGUUCUGGGCGUCACAUGGAUUCCGUCGGAAGAUGCCUUCACAUUCAGUCACCAAGGAUUGGAGGAAGUUCUAGGUACCGAUUGGGCGUCACCAACGAAGCGCCAGGUCCUACGUAUUGUGAUGAAGCUCUACGAUCCCUUAGGAUUCAUCGCACACUUCGUCGUCCAAGGGAAGAUUCUGAUGCAGGAGAUUUGGCGAACAGGUACAAACUGGGACGAGCCUAUUGCGGAGCAACCACGCGAACUUUGGACAAGGUGGAUGGAGCAGUAUCAGCAGAUCAACGAAGUAAACGUUCCGCGCUGCUUUUUCAAGGAUUCCUGCCCACAGCAAGUCAGCGAUAUUCAGGUACAUGUGUUCACGGAUGCGAGCGUGUCAGCCUGUGCGUGUGUGGCCUACCUUAGAAUCACAGUAGAUGGAGAGAGUCAGUGUUCGCUGAUCGCAGCAAAAACAAAAGUUGCGCCUCUUCGAGCGCUUUCUAUUCCACGCUUGGAAUUACAGGCUGCCAUGAUGGGUUCCCGUCUACUACAGAACAUCUGCUCGGCCCUAACCAUCAACAUUCAGAGGCGUUUCCUGUGGUCAGAUUCAGCAACAGUUCUUGCUUGGCUUCGCUCCGAUAGUCGUCGGUAUCAUCAGUUCGUGUCUUUUCGUGUUGGUGAAAUCCUGUCGUUAACCAGUGUAGAUGAAUGGCGUUACGUUCCUUCUCGCGAAAAUGUUGCGGACGAUGCCACGAAAUGGAAUGGAGGGCCUUCAUUCGACCCGGAUUGCCGUUGGUAUCAGGGUCCAGCAUUUCUGCAAGAUCCGGAAAGUCAGUGGCCUACGGAACGGCCAGGAAAUACAGCGGAAGCAGAUGUGACGACUGAAGAAAUUCGCCUUGUAGCAGUACACCGUACAGCAGAGGAAGUGGUAGACGUGCAACGUUUUUCCAACUGGAUUAGACUACUACGAGCGAUAGCAUACGUCCACCGAGCUGUGGCAGCAUGGAAGCACCUGACAAGCGGGACAAGAUCGCUCAAAAUACUCAGCCAGAGUGAGUUCGCGAAAGCAGAGGAAACACUAUGGCGGCAAGCACAAGCACAGGCGUAUCCGGAAGAAAUUCAGCUGUUGGGCGAAGGAAAAUGUGUGGCGAAAGGCAGUUCAAUACGUGCGCUGUCUCCAUUCCUGGAUGAGAAAGGAGUUCUACGAGUUGGCGGCAGAAUCGAACAAGCUCCAUCGAUUGCAUAUGAAACGAAGCAUCCAGUCGUGUUGCCGAGAAAUCAUCGAAUCACAUACCUCGUUGUGCUCAGCUUCCAUCAGCAGUUUCUUCACGCAAACACCGAGACAGUGUGCAACGAGUUGAGACAACGGUUCUACAUCCCGAGGAUGCGAACAGUAGUGCGGAGCGUAUGCCGUAGCUGUCAGUACUGCAAGAUUAAGAAAGCAGCUCCAGUUCCACCGAUGAUGGGACCGCUUCCGAAGGUGCGUUUGACUCCCUUCAUCCGUCCGUUUACGUACGUUGGCGUGGACUACCUUGGUCCCUUCGAAGUGAAAAUCGGUCGCAGUCUAGUGAAGCGGUGGAUAUGUUUGUUCACGUGCCUCACAGUUCGAGCUGUUCAUCUGGAGCUAGCACACAGUCUAUCAACGAAGUCUUGCGUAAUGGCGUUCAGGCGUUUCGUUAAUCGGCGAGGAGCUCCGCUGGAAGUAUUCUCGGACAACGGUACCAACUUUGUGGGAGCCAGUCGUCAGUUGACAGAUGAGAUCCAGAGAACCAAGGCCAUCAACGAGGAUUGUGCGGCUACGUUCACCAACGCCCGAACGCAGUGGCACUUCAACGUUCCUGCAGCCCCGCAUAUGGGAGGUCCGUGGGAGCGGAUGGUGAAGUCUGUAAAAGUAGCAAUGGCAGCAAUAUCCGAUAGUCCGAAUCAUCCGAGUGACGAGGUGUUCGAAACCAUAAUGCUGGAAGCAGAGGGGAUCGUAAACAGUCGUCCACUGACCUACGUUCCCUUAGAAGCAGCCGAUCAAGAAGCGCUCACUCCGAAUCACUUCUUGCUGUACAGUUCAAGCGGCAUAAAGCAGCCUACAGUUGAUCAGUCAGUCAGUCUUCGAGACAGCUGGUCAGUCGCUAGGAACAUCGUUGACGAAUUCUGGCGCAGAUGGGUGUUGGAGUAUUUGCCGAUGCUAACAAGGAGGACGAAGUGGUUCGAGAGCGUGAAACCGUUGGAACCUGGGGACCUAGUUGUGAUAAUAGAUGAGCAGACACGGAACAGUUGGGAAAGAGGCCGGAUUCUGGAGGUCUUUCCGGACAAAUCAGGUCAAGUUCGACGAGCAGUGGUGCAGACAGCUCGAGGAGUCUUUGCCAGGCCAGCAGUUAAGCUAGCAGUUUUGGAUGUUUCAAGUAACGACAAGAAGGCGGAUGAAGUCGCUCCGGAAACGGAAGUGGUUCACGGGGCGGGGAAUGUUACCGGCAACACUGUUGACCGCGAAACGAUGGUGAAACCACCGUCCGAUCCCUCGCAACUGAGCGGCUGUCGCCGAGCGGACUGUCAGAUCGGACAGCAACUGACAGAACAGAGAAAGACAGACCCAUUCAGACUUUGCUAG